AGGUGAGAGGGCAGUUGUUGGGUUAGCCCCCUGCCACUGCAACAAAUCAAAGACUUCCCAUUGUUCCCAAACCUUUCGCCGUCUUCUACUACCACCCAUCUCACCUCUCUCGAUAACUUCAGCUUCUGAGUCUCAAGUUUCAGUUUUUUCCACAUCUUCAUGCAUCUGGAUUGGCGUCUUUUUUUGUUUGGUUCGAGGAGGCUUCAAUUUUCCAAAAGUUUUUUGUUUCCUUUUCAUUGAGUUCCAUGGCAAUUUGCUCACUGGGUUGUGACUUGGAGUGAUAUAAUUGGAGGUGAAGCUUACUUACUUGGUUCUGAGAUUUGGGUUUCUUUAUGUACUUGGUUUUUAGUGGAGAUUAUUGAGAUUUUAUUGAAUAAUUUAGCAAAUCUGUUGUGGGUUUAUCCGGGGUUUUUUUAAUUUAUUAUUUGAAGAUUGAAAAAGCGGAAAGGAUGGAGUUUUUUAACUCAAAGCAGCUUAAUUUAGAGGGUUUUCGGAUCUUUCUGAGUCAUUAAAGAAUUGGUUUGACUGAUAAAAUCAUUUUUAAUUUAUAUGUAAUUUAGUGAUUAGGACAUUGGUAUUAAAAGCAAGAUUUUGUUCUGGAAAUUAUGUAACUGUAAAAGGAGUAGAAGGCUUUUCCUUUUUGCUCCUGUUACUUCAACCGGGAUUGUCUUUAACUAGGCUUCCGCUGAUGGCCAUGCUAGUUUUUGGGUUGUUGAGAGGGAGAGUUGAUUUAUAGAAUCAUAAGAGUGCACCAAUGGCAAAGUAAUUGUGAUAGCAAUUAGAAAAUAGUAAUUCAAAUCCUCAUCAUGCCUUUCUCUGAGCUUUAUCGAAUGGCUAAGGGGAAACCCGAAUCAGUGCAACAGAAAACAAAUGAUCUCUCUUUUGGACCUGAAAACGAUUUUGUUGAGCUAGUAUGGGAAGGUGGUCAGAUUAUGAUGCAAGGUCAGUCCAGUAGAGCUAGAAAGAGUCCCUUAUCUAACAGUUUUCCAUCUCACACCCCUAAGCCUCGUGAUAAAGAUACUGGACAUGGCACCAAUUCAAAGAUGGGAAAGUUCGGGUCAAUGGAUUUUAUCUUGAAUGAUUUUCCAUUGUCCGUGCCAUCUGCUGAAAUGGGGUUGAGUCAAGACGAUGAUAUGGUACCUUGGUUGAAUUAUCCCAUCGAUGAAUCUUUACAACAUGAUUAUUGUUCAGAUUUCUUGCAAGAAUUAUCCGGUGUCACUGUAAACGAGUUAUCCACUCAUUGCAAUUUUGCAUCCGGGGAGAAGAGGAAUAGUAAUAAUCAGACAAUUAAAGAUUCCAAUACCAUUUCUGCACAUAAUGGUGUGAGUCUAGAACAAGGGAAUGCAUCUAAAGCUUCUGCAGCAGGUGUUGAGCCUAGUAGGCCGAGAAGUAGCCAGUUAUAUCCCCCAUCAUCCCAGCAGUGUCAAACGCUAUUUCCAUCUAUGAGAUCAAAAGUUUCAGAUCCCAUUAGUAAUAACACAAGCAAUGCUAUGCACCAUACAGUUUCUGGCAACUCCAUUCGGUUUCCAGCUUCCACAAGUGGUUUUUCGAGCACAAAGACCCAGAAGCAAGAUCCAGGACAGACUAGAAAUAACUCUGGGUUGAUGAACUUCUCCCAUUUCUCACGACCUGCGGCUCUUGUCAAAGCUAAUCUUCAGAACAUUGGUGCUAUUGCUGGUCCUAGUUCAUCAAGCAAAGAUAGGAUUGGAAGUAAGGAUAAGCAGCCUGCUGCCAGCAGUAGAAAUCCUGCUGAAUCCAGACAUGUUGAUUCCAGUUGUGGUUUACAGAAGGAUGUGGAUUCUCAUAGUGAACCUGUUAUGGUGCCUGCAAGUGUUGAUUUAAAACCGGUGGUGGCUAAAACUAUGGAGGAACCACUUCCUGCUGAGCAAUCCCCAGUCAUUUGCCAAGAAGGUGCCUGCAAGAAUGAAAAAUCCUCCAACCAAGUUCUUGGUGCAAGAACUGCUAAAGGGAUUCCAGAUGGUGAAAAGAGUAUAGAGCCAGCAGUUGCUUGUUCUUCUGUUUGCUCAGGCAAUAGCGUGGAGAGAGCUUCAAAUGACCCAAAACAUAAUUUAAAGAGAAAAUGCCGUGACACAGAGGAGUCUGAAUGCCCGAGUGAAGAUGUUGAAGAAGAAUCAGUGGGUGUGAGAAAAUCAGCUCCUGCUAAGGGAGGUACAGGUUCUAAGAGAAGUCGAGCAGCAGAAGUGCAUAAUUUAUCCGAAAGGAGGAGAAGGGACAGGAUCAACGAGAAGAUGCGUGCAUUACAAGAACUCAUACCCAACUGCAAUAAGGUGGACAAAGCAUCAAUGCUUGAUGAAGCCAUUGAGUACUUGAAAACCCUUCAACUUCAAGUACAGAUUAUGUCAAUGGGAACCGGAUUGUGCAUGCCUCCCAUGAUGUUACCGACUGGAAUGCAGCACAUACAUGCAGCUCAUAUGGGUCACUUUCCACCCAUGGGUGUUGGAAUGGGCAUGGGAAUGGGGAUGGGUUAUGGGAUGGGCAUGCUUGAUAUGAAUGGUGGUUCUCCCAGUUGCCCCUUUAUUCAGGCACCUCCAAUGCAAGGAACACAUUUCCCUGGUCGACCUAUUUCGGUCCCUCCUAAUUUGCAUGGGAUGGUGGGAUCCAAUCUUCAAGUAUUUGGGCUUCCUGGUCAAGGAAUUCCCUUGUCGAUGCCUCAUGCACCAUUAAUUCCUAUGUCUGGGAGUCCCCUUAUGAAGUCUUCCAUGGCACUGAAUGACUCUGGGGCAGCAGGCUCUAUGGAAGUUCCUGAUUCUGCUCCAGCCUCAAGUUCAAAAGAUCUGAUACAAAAUGUGAACUCACAAGUGAUGCAAAACAAUGAUGCCAAUAGCUCAAUGGCAUCAAGUCAGUGUCAGGAGCAGUCUGCUUUGGUGCAAAAAAAUGAUCAAGCCCCAGAUGUUAGUCACGGUGAAGGUGUUUGACUCUGCCAGCACAAAUGACAUUGUACCUAGUGGAGCAGCCUGUUGUCAUUAACAGACAUGAUAGACGACCUGAAUGGAGAAGAGAGGAAUCAGUUUUGCAGCCUAUGGAGAUUGAAUCUUAUAAUUGUUUGUCAGAGAUCUGGGCACAUCUCAUUCAAUUAUUGAGAAAAACGUUCCUUGGAGUUGCAGAGUGAGGUGGAACCCUGACAAUGACGAUCAGAAUAUUAGUUUCAGGACACUAAAGACUAAAAACUGCACAGAUUUUGGUACGAUGAAGAGUUUCAGAGUUGAACCUUUCUCUUGCAUUUGUACAUUCACUUCCGUGCCCACCCAGUUAUUCCAAUGUCAAAAGAGUUGAACUUCUUAGAACAUGUAUUCAAAUGUGUUUAAGACCUGUGUUAAUAAUUCUUUAAAUUAAUGAAAUCAUAGUUUUGGCAAGCAAA